AUGAUCCAUUUUGUAAAAAGAACUUCUUUCAUAUACGACCAUAGGACGUUGAAAACAAGGCUUCCCGUUCGCUCAGCCCUAUUUAAGCAAUGUACCGGUGGAUUAGUAGUUAGGUGGGUGACCACUAGCGAAUACCCGCUGUUGUAUGUUUUUGCCUUUUUGCAGUUCCAACUGCUGUUAAACCGCUCUUUCCGUAUUCCACUACCCAAUCCUCCUUUGCCCAGCGACUUUACUGCCACAUGCCGAACCUUAAUGCCUAAUUUGGAUGUAUCGAGCUGCCAAAAGGUGCACUCCGGUAGGCACAGGCAUCGCGCCCAGCUCGAGCCGCCAGAUCCGACUGUCCUGUUCUUGCCUCAACUGAUUGUGCCUCUGCACUUUCCAUCUCGAUGCAUAUGUACAGACUAA